CUAUACAGAGAUACUUUCACCAUGGCCUUGGUGAAGAACCUGAUUGUCGUGCUCAUCUGGCUUGUCCUCACAUAUAUCAACUGCACCUUGGCUGCCACUUUUUUUAGACAUCAGACUUUCUAUGCAGAUCCUCGUUACAUCCUCUUCAUCCACAUGGUGAUCAAUGACGGCAUUCAACUUACUGUGACCUUCGCACUUUUCAUCCUCAGCUACAUUUUCUACAAGAUCAACGUCUCGCUCUGCUGCUUCUUCGUCCUGGUGGCGGUCUUCACCACCAGAAACACUCCAGUCAGCUUGGCCGGGAUGGCCAUAGAGCGCUACAUUGCCAUUUGCAAACCUUUGCAUUACUCUCAAAUCUGCACAGUGAAGAGGACUUAUGCAGUCAUCGGAUUGAUUUGGUUUAUAUGUGUGGCCCCAGAUAUAACAGAUCUGUUUGUGACUCUGGCAACUGAGCCAAUAAGCUUUUUCCAACACAACUCUGUGUUCUGUUUGCGUGAGAGCGUGUUCAAAGAUCCUAUACUGGCUCAGAAAAGGAAAGCAUUUGAUAUUAUUUAUUUUUCAUGCGUUUUUCUCACUCUGGUCUUUACCUAUCUGAAGAUCCUGUUUGCAGCCAGGGCGCUCUCCACAGCUGAUACAUCAGCCCAGAAAGCCAGGAACACCAUCCUCCUUCACGGUGUCCAGCUGGCCAUGUGCCUGCUCUCCUACAUCUCUCCAAGCGUGGAGAUUGUUCUACACGUCAUCUUCCCGGGUCGAAUCCUAGAAAUCAGAUUUGCAAACUACCUGAUUGUCUAUAUUCUACCUCGGUUCCUGAGCCCGAUAAUUUAUGGUGCCAGAGACAAGAAGUUCAAGAAGUAUCUCAGAAUGGAUGCGCUGAGAUGCAGCUGCAAGUAUAAAGGAAAGCCAGUGGUCCCACUGAACAAAGACAGAAUGUGA